UUUUAAUUGGAAAUGUAUAAAAAGAAAGACUCAAAUUAUGCACAAAUACGAAAGAGGCUGAAUUUGAGACAUCCAUUUAGGAAUGAGAUCAUAAAACAUCCACAGCAAGGGUUCCUUAAGAAGAGGGUGAAUGAUGAUGAUUAUUGGGAAAAUGUCUUCCCAACACAAAAUUAUGCUAAUUAUCAUAAGAAUGAUGUGCAAAUGUCAUCUUCAACUCCAGUACUUCCACCUUUGAAUACGUCUCGAACUCUUCAAGAGAGGUCAAUGCCAAUGGAGCCUCAGAGAAGCCAUUAUUACAGACCUUUCUGUGAUUCUGACGAAGACAUUAAUUCCUCUGAAAGCGAAGAAAUUAUAGUAAUAGCAGAGAAAGAUAAAGAGACUUCCAAAGCACUUAGAAAGAGGAGAAACAAGCAGCUUAAAUAAGAAGUAUGAUGAUAAGCUGAAGGAGCUAGUAGCAGUACCUGCUCCUGAGGACAACUUGAGGUACUCAUCUACCCAGAAUUACAGAGACCCAUCUUCGAAUCCUUUCUAUUGGAGGCCAAACUCUCUGUCUCCGAUGAGCUUUAAUCAAUCAUUAAUGCCCAGAAUUAGGGCAACUGAUGAUACAGCAAAGCUCUAUAAGAACAGCCCUUGUUUUUCAUAUGCUGAUUACCAGGAUUUCUUAGCUCAUAUGUCUAAUUUUGAACGGAAAGACCGCAACCGUCACUAAGCUGCCCCAGCAAUGUUUGAAAAUAA